GUCAACGGAACUGUGCGAGUUAUGAUACUUAAAGUUUUUCAAUUUUUUUUGUAGAAUAGAACAUUAUUACGAUGGCAGACACACUGUCAAAUAACUUUUGUUCAUUAUGCGGUUAUUCAUUCGACCGGUUUGGCACUGACGAGUCGAAUAUAAGAACAUCUUUGGCUUCAAAAGUUGUGGAACAGUCUGGACUUUUGGAGAUGCUGGACAUCACAGUGUCACCCCUUAGAAAGGAACUUGUGUUCAUCUGCUCCUCAUGCCGAACAGUAUUCAGCAACUAUACACUUGCUAAGACUAAUUUUAAGUACAGAGAAAGGGAAGCAUUAAAGCUUCUCACAGAGCCAGUAGAAACUAAUGAACAAGGCCAAUUGCCUUUUGUACCAUACCUGAAACGCAAGUGUAUGCUUAGAUCCAAUGCUUACAGGCCAUCUAAAAUCCAGAAAGUUGACAGCAAUGCAGCAGAGUCUAAAGCCAGUAAUGAACAACAUCAGAGUCAAGGUAAAAAGGAAUCUAAACCUCAGCAAAGAAAAGAAGAAUCUGAUAAUUUGCUAACUGUGAAUAAUGAUCAAACUUGGAAAAGUGAAGCUGGGAUCCGGACCACAAGACCCGGAAGUGUCAGAUAUGAUGCUGUGAAAUUCUUAGAAGAAGGUCGUUAUCGAGCUUUAUUGACAAAAUUGUGGGGACAAAGCAAAAGGUUUCGAGUGAGCUGUUUGUCAUUCCUUUCCACAGUGAUUAAGAGAGAAACAAAAGAUCUGUUGAAGCAUGGGACACUAUUUACCAAAAAAUUAGAUAAAUCCAGCCUGAGAGACAUCUCCUGGGGACCAACCAUUAACAUUGUCUCUGAGGUUGCUCCUGCAACCUUUUGCAUUCUGUUUGCAUUGCUAGGAGUUGAAGUGCAAAAAAUGUCUCAAGAAAAGAAAGAAGCAAAGCAAAAUUUGGCUGGGUGUAUGCUGUCAAUGGCUUUGUAUAAGCGCUACAAGCGACUUGCAAAUUUUGUCCCCUUGCUGCACUCCCUCUACCUGAACAACAUUGGGACUUCCAUGAAGGUGAAUCAAGCACUUCAUCAAAUAGGACUAACUGUCCCUUCUUUCAAGUUGCCAGGAGUUUUUAAGCAGAUAGUAGCAUUACACAAAGAACCUACUCAACAAUGGAAGAGGGAAUUAGAGCUUGCACUUGAAAUUAUUCAUCGCAGACCGGAAGCUUCACCAAAGAAGUAUUAUACAGAAAGAAGGAAACGUAGUGUGGUUCCAAAGCCGACUCCAGUGACUUCUUAUGGUCUUUGUUGGGACAGUAUUCAACUUCCUUGCCACUCAUCAAAUGGCAAAGAAAAGAACCCCGAACCUCUCAUGGCACAGGCAUAUGCUGUCAAGAAUCGAGUGCCAUUUAUGAUGACAUACAAAGACCCUGAUGUUAAGCUUGCUGACAAUAUAGCAUUUGAGGAAUUUGUCCCUGAUUCAGAAGACUUUAUUAGAAUCAGGGAGCAAAUGAAGAUAGAAGUAAAGAAAAUUCUCAUCAAGUAUAUAAAGACAUUUGAAAAUCUUUCUGUAACUGAGCAGCACCAGCAUUCUAAUCUCAUGAUGCAGAAGACAAAGAUGGUGGAUCUUGGUUCUGUGUUUCGGAGUCCAUCUGAUAAUGGAAGUGUUGCAUCUCUAAUGAAAGACCUUAAGGGAUAUAUGGCUUGUGAUGAAGGUGAGCCAGUACCAAUGUGUAUCUUCGGAGGACAGCAAUCUGUUGAGAAGAUGGUGUGUGCUAAGGAUGUCAUGUCUUGCUUUUCUGAAAAGCUUGACAGAUUGGAUGGCCUUGAGCCAUCAAUAACAGACUUUGGUCGGCAGAUACUCCUCACAAAGGAUAUCAUCAAGUCUUUCUUCCCAAAUGGAUUAUCAAAGGAGUUUAGAAACCUACAUCAUAUACGUGAAUUGGAAAAGUCUUUGCUUAACAAAUGUGAGAAUUCUGAUUUCAAUGCAAUUUGUACCAUAUUGGAAGUUAUUGCACACAGUUAUACAGUUGCUAUUGCUGAGAACAAGCUGUUGAUAAGCAUGGCUAACAGUACUACCAUGCCUGGUGAAGGAAGUAAAAAAACUUUGGAGAAAAUUUCAGAAGAAAUCGUUGCAGAGAUAUGGCCCACUGUGGACACUGCUUCCUUGGAUACUGUUCGCCAAGGAAAUGAACCUGUAAAAGAUGGAGAAUGCUCCUUCGGUGAUUGUGUAAAUUUUCGAGAAAAGGCACGCUUACCCUGUUCAGAACGUUGUGGGCGCCCCUUUUAUUUCUGUUGCAAGAAACCCUUAAAUGAUGGUCUUGUAGAGUGCGCCAGAAGAGAAAACUGUCCUCGGGGGGCAUGGUUUCAUCUCAACAAGAAGUGCUCUGGGUUGGUGGAAGCUCCUGAGGAUGAUUGGCUAUGUAGUUUAUGUGCAACUCAAAAGCAAAUGGUGGGGUUCCAAGAACAAUUUGAUGGUACAUGGGAAUUCCAUCGUGGGCUGCUGUGGUAUUGCCUUUUCUUCUGGGUGGGGAACUCAGCUGAACAGCAGGGAAAUGGUUGGCUCCUCCAUGCUGUGUGGAAGGUGUCCAUGCCACUUUUUGAGAAUAAAGGAUACUCUGACUACCUGCACCAAGCAUAUUCUUUUUUGUCUGGGGUAGCUGGACGGAUUCCACGUCUCGCAGCCCAUGAUACUGUACACAAUCGUACAGUCAAUAUCAAGGGUGGCCCUAAUAGUAACCUAAGCUGGGAUCGUGCUGUUGAACUUUUCAACCAGGAGUUACUGCGAAUGCCAGAACCAGCAAAGAAAAGAAAGGAUUCCAUUAUACCAAAGAAAGCUUGUGGUUGUUGGAUACAUUCUGUCAAUGAAGCUUGGACAAAGGAUAUUUGCAAUAAACCUGACCAUAAGAAGAAGAACAAAGCAGAGCUGAUUAGGGAAUAUUUAUCCUACUUAAACUCACUAAACUUCCUCCGGAAAGUGCCUGGUCGCAAACUGUACAAGGAUAUUAACUAUACACACGUUAUUAGUAUCAAGAAACCUGAUGAAUUUGUUAAGACACUGAAGGAAUUAUGUGACAAAGAUGUCUCUAGACAAAUGAAUGAAAGGGAAAAUGACGUUUUAGAGUAAUAAACGUCAGCCUUCUCUUCUACAUUAAAUGAGUAAGAUUUAUUUAUCUCUUGAUUUAUAUAUUGAUUGGUGCUUCAACCUAUGGAUAUGUUUUUUCUCUUAUUUAGAGUUGUUUAAUAAAAAGUGUCAAAUAACACAAAUUAGGCAAUACAGUACAGUAUUAGAAGUAUUUUAUGAACUGUAAUGGAAAUAUCUUUUGCUGUUUCUUCAUGAGAAAUAUUUUGUUCACUAAGAAAUGUUUUUUUUAUAUAACUGUGCCAUUGGACUGGAACUCAGGAAGAAUUUUAUUUUAAUAUUAGACAUUAUAUUUGAAAUGUGUUCAGGAUGAGGACAAAGGAACUUCAGUUUUCACCACCUAAACAGGUUCUCAAUGGUAAAGUUGAGUUUAUGUGAUGUAACAUCCAAUUUUUUUUUAUAAAAAUAGGUCACUAUUUUAUUACCUUAGUAAUAUUUCAGUUCCAGGUCUUGUUAAUACAGUAUAGAGAAGCUCAGUAGUGAACUGCUCUAGGCUGACAAUCCUGUAUUCCUCUGACUUUAGGCACUGGAAUAUCGAUGGAAAUCUGAACCCAUUGAUGCCCCCAUGUGAGGGUUUUGUUGAUGGAGCUCUAAACUUAGGGACAUCCUUGUGUUAGGGCUCCAUUGACAGGGAUAUACCUGGGGUAUCGGGCUCUGUAGUGUAGACAGAGCCCUAAAUCUAUCAACUCCUCAGUGUUAGGGAUCUGUUAAAGGAGCCAUGGCCAUUUCCAUGAUUAUAUUAUAUUGUGAGAACCUCAAGUGCAACUUGCAAAAAUUUCCAUUAAUACUAUUGUCCAUACAGUCAUUUUCCUGGAACUAACUAAUAUCUUUUGCUUUCCCUUCAAUUAGGUUUCAGCCAUUGGUCUCCUGGGUUGUAACUGUGCAAUACCCAUUACAUCACUUUGUUCAGAAAUGGAAUUUUCAUUUCUUGAAGUUAAAAACCAGUGACAUUUAAUAAUUCAUAUACAGGUAACAGUGAAUUUCAUACAGGAUACAGUAUCAUGUUGCACAUGUUACAUGUACAGUAGCUAAAAAACAGUAUCUGACAUGGUGGGUCCGAUGACUUCUGGAAUUAUACGUACAACUCGUGAUGUCUCGGGAGGGUUGGUAUGCGUGUCUUCACCCACCUCCAUUCAGUAUGCAACACGGGGUGAGUUGGCAUAUAGGAAUAAAAUAAAUGAUUAAGUGAUUACUAACACAUAAUAUAAGUAGACAAAAUGCAUAUCCCAAUACCUGUCGUCCGUGGUCUCAUAUUGUUUCUCACAAAGUAUGCGCAGAUAAUUUUUUUAGCUACUGUGCAAUAAUUUUUCUCAAUGAAUUGCUGCAACAUCAAAUCAUAGUGAACACUUGCAGAGUUUCAUUUUCUGUCAAAAAGGAAAAUUCCAGUAAUAUCCUCUUUCUCUUCUGAAUCCGCAUUUGCUUCUACAAGAACAUUGUUUUAUAAUUUUAGUAUCUGUUUCCUUAAAUAUCAACAAGGUAUUAAUAAUCUUGAAUUAUCAACUUCACAAAGUUAGCCAAGGUAUACAGGGUAUUAAUUUUCCCCUUAUGACAUUACAAUACUUGUUACCAUGAAGGAUUAACCCAAAGAGUUUGGGAUACAGUAAUUCCUACUGAUAUAAUGUGGUGCUGUAACUGGAUCUGGUUAACAUUGUGUUAAAUCCAAAUUGUUUUGUAUUUUCCCCUAGAAACCAUGUUAUAAUAUCUAACUUGACCUGAGAAUUUUCCAAAAGACUUCCCUUCCCUGAGUCCGCUGAGUGGUUGUUUUGUCUGGCAAACCACUUCCAGCACAUCAUAACCAUCCACAAAUCAUCCCUGAUGUAGCUACAUCGGGGGACAUACACAUCUUCCUCUUUUGUUUUCUUCAGAAGUCUUUAUGGUGCAGAUGAUGGGCUCAUUCACUCCAUACUCACAGGUAAAAAUACUCAUAUGUCAAGCUAUUUUAGUAUAAGUUUUGAUAAGUUAUGUUAGUUUUCUGACUAAAUGGACUCAAGUCUUGAUGGGACUCAUUGCCUGUCCAAAGGGGUCCCUGUCUUAUUGGGUGUGUACACACACACACACACACACACACACACACACACACACACACACACACAGUAAAAUAUAUUUGCACUUAAAAUGCAUUUUUUAGUUACAGUAUGCAAAAUAAAAUAUCACAGAUACACUAAUAUAGUUGCACAUGAAAAAAAAAUGAAGAAAUGGAUAAUGUGUGCAGGAAAUCCAUCUCCCAUACAAGGCAAUUUCCUUAAACAUAGUAUUUCUUUGUGCAUAAUGGUUUUCUUGUACAGUUACAGCCUCUACUUGUUCUGAGGCUUUGGGAAGUGUUAAUUUCAAGUAUCUUUUUAUUGCAUUACCUUGAAGUGUUACAAAAAAUUGUCCUGAGUUAUGUGAAAACACAUUAAAUAUUGUUGUGUUUUAUCCAGGGAUUACUAUAGACAUUUUAGUGGUAUUUUCUGAAUUUUAAGUCGUGGUACUGUAGUGAGUUUGAUUUCUUGACAAGUUGGUUUUGCAGAAUUAAAGUUUUCCUACAAGUGUAUCCUGCGCUUAUGGUUCGAAGUUCUACGUAUCCUCAUUGUUUUGUGUACAAUUGUAUGCAUUUAAAAUAUGGUUUCUACUUGCAAGAAUAAUGAGUUGUAUAUUUAAUAAUAAACUAAAGAAAGAA